CCCACACACACCUGAAGAGCCAAUGAGGAGCCCAGGAGCGCAGCCCCAAAUGCCAGGCGGCGCUUCCUGCCCCAGUGACACCGGGGCGCGUUGGGGACGGUGCUGCGCCGCGACAUCACUGUUCAGUGGUUGAAGGGAUCUGGAGAAGAAAUGACAGCUGCAUACACCACUGUUCCUUUCCUUUUUUGGAGAGCCUGACAAGAACUCUACCAAAAGAAACUAAGCGUUUUCGGCUUUGCGUAAAAUCAGCCGUCUUGUUGUUGUUUAGGAGUGAGUGCUUCAGAAAGAAUAGCAUCAUGUACACGUUCCUGCCUGACAGCUUCAACCCGGUGAAGCCGAAGCCGUCCAAGGAGCUGAAGCCAAUGAUCGGUGCAGUAGUCGUCGGGCUCAUCUUGUUCAUUGCGGCGGUGGUGGCAUGGUGUUACUACACGGCGUCUCUCAGGAAGGCGGAGCGGCUAAAGACGGAAUUGAUGGACCUGAGGAAGGAUGGGUUCAUCAUCAAAAACCACAAUGGGGAGGUGGUCUUCAGACUGGCCUUCCAGUCGGGCACCCUCGACCUGGAGUCCUGCUCGAAAGAAGGGCAAAUUUUAACCUGCACCAGGUCGGACAGAGGGAAGCUGAAUUUCUUCAUUCAGACAGUCAAGCCCAAGGACACAGUGAUGUGCUACCGCGUCCGCUGGGAGGAGUUUGUGGUGGACACGGUGGUCGAGCACACCAUGUUUUGGGAGGACGCUCAUUGGUACGGGGGCUGUGAAAUGAGCGUCCAGCACUGGCCAAUCAGACUCCCAGGGUACCAGGAGCCCAUGCCCUUUGUGACGAGCGACGUGUAUUCCUUCAGGGGCAGCUUUGGAGGCAUCUUGGAAAGGUACUGGCUGUCCUCGAAAGCGGCGGCUAUAAAAAUCAACGACUCGGUGCCCUUCCACCUGGGGUUUAACGCCAGUGAACGGUCGCUCUUCUUUCAAGCCAGGUAUAAGGAUUCUCCCUACAAACCUCCCCUGGGGCAGCAGCCUUUCCCAGAGCUGAGCUACCGUGUCUGCGUCGGCUCGGAUGUGACCUCCAUUCACAAAUACAUGGUGCGCAGGUACUUUAACAAGCCUUCUAAGAUCCCAGCAGAAAACGCCUUCCGGUACCCCAUCUGGUCUACAUGGGCUCUGUACAAAAACGAUAUUGACCAGGAUAAGUUGUUGCGUUUUGCAGAAAAGAUUAAAAAGUACCGGUUUAAUUGCAGCCAUAUUGAAAUCGACGACACCUACACACAGACUUAUGGCGAUUUUGACUUUGAUCCGGUAAAGUUCCCUAAUGUGACAGAAAUGUUCAAAACGCUGAAAAACGAGGGAUUUAAAGUUACCCUGUGGACUCAUCCCUUUAUAAACUACAAUUCCUCCAAUUUUGGAGUGGGGAUAGAGCGGCAGCUCUUUAUCAAGGAGCCGACAGGGAAACUCCCCGCGAUGGUGAAGUGGUGGAAUGGCAUUGGCGCCAUAUUGGAUUUUACCAAUCCCACAGCCAGGGAGUGGUUUCAGAGCCACCUGAAACAACUGCGGUCAAAGUACGGCAUAGCGUCCUUUAAAUUUGACGCUGGUGAGGUGAGCUACCUUCCAAAGCAGUUCAGCACCUUCAGGCCCUUGUCGGAUCCCAGCAUCUGGUCCAGACGGUACACGGAAAUGGCCAUUCCGUUCUACGAGCUCGCCGAAGUCAGGGUCGGCUACCAGUCCCAAAACAUCUCAUGCUUCUUCCGCAUCAUUGACCGCGACUCGGUUUGGGGAUAUGAGCUUGGCCUCAAGUCCCUGAUCCCUACUGUGCUCACCAUCAGCAUGCUGGGAUACCCUUUCAUUUCAGCUGACAUGAUUGGUGGGAAUUUUUUCCCCAACAAGACAGAAGGUGCUGUUGAAAUCCCGGACCAGGAGCUGUACAUCCGCUGGCUGGAGCUUUCAGCCUUCAUGCCCUCCAUGCAGUUCUCCAUACCCCCCUGGCUCUAUGACAAGGAAGUGAUUGAGAUUGCACAGAAGUUCACAGAGCUGCAUGAGUCCCUGGUUGCCCCUCUCCUGUUGGAGCUGGCUGGAGAGGUCACUGACACGGGAGACCCCAUCAUACGGCCCAUCUGGUGGAUUUCUCCCAGUGAUGAAUUUGCUCACAAGAUCGACUCCCAGUUCCUCAUUGGGGACACCCUCAUGGUGGCCCCUGUCCUGGAGCUGGGCAAGCAAGAGCGAGAUGUGUAUCUCCCGGCCGGCAAAUGGCGCAGUUACAAAGGGGAGCUGUUUGAGAAGACCCCAGUCCUGUUAACAGACUAUCCCGUUGACUUGGACGAAGUUGCUUAUUUUGUCUGGGUAUCUUAAUAGACUCCUCCAUCCAUUCUAAUCUUUGUGAUAACCAUGCCUUACUUUAGAGUCUUAAAACAAAUAACAAUUCUAAAUGCACAGUAUGUUUCUUUGUGGGGGGGUACUGGAGGGGAAUGGGAAAUUAACAGGAUUUUGUUUUUUAAAUAUCUUAUAUCUUGUCCAUAAUUGACGCUCCAGUUUGGGCUGUGGUUUAAAUAUAAAUGCAGAAGGUAUAAUAGCAUCACAAGAUGCAUACAGGAAGCCAAGGGCUUUUCAAAUCUCUGAGCUCAAAAGGUAAAAGCACCCCUGGGUUUUUAGCUGUGCACAUGUGGGGGUUUUUUUUAUUAUUUUAUUUCUCUGUUAGAAACGUGGCCUCUGGGGGGCCUACAAUAUUUGCCAUAAACCCCCCUCUUCUAGGUGCAGCCUAUGAAUCCAAAUCCCAUAGUGCAAUGCUCCAUCCUGAUCUCAAUGAAAGGCUGCAUGCUUCAACAGGAAGCAGUGCAUGCUGGGGCCCGUAGUUUCUGGGCCACGCCUCUCCCCAAAGUGAGUGCUGCUGCAAUCUGCUCCGUUUUAAUGCAAAUGAAAUGCACUCUUGGAGUUGUUGCAAGUUGCCAAGAUGGUCUGCAGCUGAACCAAGGGAGGACCGCCCUGAUCCCAGGGGUGAAAGCAAUGUUGGGAGGGAACAAGGAAUGAUUCGAACACGGGAAGCAAUGGGUUACUACAGCACAACUAGCCUUACAUUUUAUAAUGUGGCAACUAUUAUUUAAAAAAAGACUUUUUUAAGAGGAUAAAUCUAGCUAUAUAUUUUAUUCCUUAGUCCAGCAUUGGACUGGACCUCAAAUGCCCAACCCCCCAUCUCUCUCGAGUACCAGGCUGGCCAAGGUAUUCGACUUACCUGCAAGUAUUUUAACUGUAUGUUACUUACCCAGGCAGGCUGCAUUAUUCUGUCCUAGCCUGUUGCUAAUAUCUACUGGAAGGGUCUCCUCCUAGAGCACGGACUCUGCUGUUAACACUAUUCCCCAUACAGCAACAACAUUUGUAGGGUGUAUUUUCUUUCCAGGGAGUAAAAUGGAUUUCUUUGUUACACACCUAUCCUGCAGAUGCUUCUCUUUCCCCUUUUAAAGAUGCGCUUGCAGCUUGGUUAUUUGUCAGAGGAAUUGCCAGAAGCAAAAUAACCUCUCAAAAGGUGCAUGUGACACUCCCCAGAGACUGCAGGUGCCUGCCCGCCACGCACAAACGGAUCCACCAAUUUUGCUGCCGACCAACGUAUCAAUAUGAAAAGCAAUGAUGUUUGCACUGAAGGGGGCUGUGCCGAUGGGGCUUUUUCAUCCUUUCCAAGGAAAGGUUAUGGUAUUCAUAGUCAAGUUAAGCUAGUAUGGCAUGGCAGUCUUUUUUAACUGUCUCAAUUUUAUCUAAAGUUUCUUGGGCCAGUUUUUCUUUGAUUGUUGCUAUUUUUAAAAAGCCCAAUGCUCACUAGCUCUCGCAUAGGCACCUAAAUGAAGUGGCUCAGUGGAAGCCAUUGAGUGCUGAGCACAUUGGAAAACUUGGCCCCAUGUAAUUUACUGUCACUCUAGAAGUAGGAAAUCUGAAGUUUUGGCCUGAAGGUAAAAUGCAAUUCUAACCUACCUGUGAGUGUGUGUUACCCAUUGUCCUCUGUACCUGAGCCAGGGCCACCCGGGGCGGGGGGUGGCAAGUGGGGCAGAUGCAAGCGAAUGCUGCGUGCUCUGUCUCUAAUUCAAGUAGUUUGAGCUUAAAUGUGCAAAGCAGGUGCUCGGCCUGAGCUCAUCCCGGAGGCUACAUGACCAGCUUGCUCUUGCAACGUUUCGAUGCCCCAGGUUAGACCCGCUCCUUCGUGGUGCAACUUGAAAUGUAGCCAACUGAUUUCAGCACUGAAAAUAUGUCAAGACUAUGUCUUGGGGGACUCCUGACUGUGCCUCAUUUUCAACUCUUGUGGGGUUUUUCCCCUUUGGUUAGCUGCAUUCAUAGUUUUGGGGAAGGAUUCUUGGGAGGGCGGCUUUGCUACAGCAUCUGGAUAAGAUCAGAGAUCCUGAGUACAGGGCAUAAGGUCUCUGUGUACAAAUUGACCACAGCAGCCUUGCACCAUUACAAUUUUGGUGUCUUCUAGCAUGGGGUUUGGCUAUAUUGACUGGUGAAAUGAGCCAACCCUCCCUUUAUCUGAGAGGACUGACAGACAUUACAGUGCCCCUACAAAACAGCUGCUUCCUGUGCAGAAAAGCUGGGGUAUGGGUGCGGGAGGGAAUCCUAAAGAGGGAGAACAUGCCUGGCUGUGCUUUCAGUGUGAGCCUGAAGACUUCAGCUGCACAAAUCUCUGUUCCAGAGGUUCCAGUUGGCUGGGGAACUCUUCCAUGAAAAGUUUUCAUGGGUGGUGGCAGGAAACAUUUGAACCUCUCCAUAAGAUUGUUGCACGUUUUGUUCCUGCCACCGUCGAAGCAAUGGGGCUGCAGAAAUGCAACGGAAGGUAGAACCAAGGCCUCUGUGUCACUGGAUACCUGAAUUAACCACAGGCUGCUCCCAAAUGUAGAACACCCAGAAAUAACUAGCAGCUGGAAUUCCAGGGUGCUUUGUAGCUGCCUCUUUGUUGUGUAGAGGUUUACUAGGGAGCGAGAAUGUGAGCAAUAGUACGUUAAGUGUCUGUUUAAUUGAACUGGAUCCUUGUGGUUGUGCAAAGAUGGUAUUAGAUGCUUAAUUGGGCCACUGUUGUGAAGGCUACAAAGGAACUUAGCCAGAAAACUCAUCACGGCUUAGAUACAUCCAAGUUUCCUAUAGACACAUCCUCCCCUUCAAAGGAAAGAAUUUUAUUAUUGAAUGUUGAACUAUUUAAUUUAACUGGAUAGGAAGAAACGUUAGUAACGUGUGAGCAUCCUUAUUUCUCCACCAAAUACCACAGCGGCUGGGAGACAAAGUGAAACAGCUGCUAGGAAAUUACAGAAGAAACGGUUAAACCUGUGUCGCAGGCAGCUGGACAGCAGCACAAAUACGUCCCCAGGUUCUGUGGCAACCUCCGUCCUGUGCAAAACUGGUGUUGAGAGGAGCCUCAGCAUUGCUAUGUAGAAUUCGUUUAACAGCCGUCCUUCUCCUACCUCUGCAACAAAAUGGGAAGUGGCUCAGCUCCUUAAUGACACUGAGCAAUUUGAUGGGGGCCAAAAAGGUGUCUGUCUUGAAGUUUCACUUCCCUGCUCUGAACUAGGAGGGCCGGAGUACACUAGAAUUCUCCGUACUGUACCACUAAAAGGGAGGACGUGACCUAGAUUGUUCUAGGCUUGUAAGGUGGGUAACUGCACAAAACUCAGGGUCAAGGAAAUACCUGUGGUGAUGGGGGUGGGUGGACUGGUUCAGAUUUGCCACCCAAAUGUCUGUCUAGCCCUGCCUCUGGGAAUGGCUAAGCUGCAGUUGGGCAUGAUGCAGGGAUGGCUCAGAUUAUGUCUGUAGUAUUAUUUUAUUUGAAUCCUGCACUACUGUAUUGGUUUUGCACAAUGCUGUAAAUCUGCACAUGCCUUUGCAAGUCAGCUUCUAAUGUUGGUUUUAACCAGUUUUCUAACUCUCUUAAUUACUGAAGAAACAACGCAACUCUCCUGUUAACUGAAAUAGCUUUGGGAGGAUAAAGGGAAUUUUAACUAGGUCCAUCUGCAACAACUUUGUGGGAACAAUUGCAUCAACAGUGAUGAAUGUAGGUUACUUUCACACCUGACGUUCUAUAAAAUUAAAUCUGAAUCACAAGCCCUUUAUAACUGCUCUUUUUAAAAUGUAAAAGAAUCAGGCUUGUUUUCCAUCCCACCCCCCUCUACCCCCUUUAAUCUCUCAGGGGUCAGGGCUUGAUGUAUAAAUGGUCUGUCCUAAACUAUAGAUCUGUUUGCUUUGUCGGAGGGCUUUUUCCCUUCUUGUGAGCUCUGCAGUCAAGGAAAGAUGUAAGUUUGGGGCUGGCCUAUAGAAGAUCCUUCUCCCACGGGAUAAGGAGAAGUUCCAUGUGCCAUUUUCUUUUGGAAGAUCAGCAGAGCAAAGGGAAAGAAAGACAGUUUUGCUCCCAAUUCCAUUGUGUGACUAUGGAAUAGCCCAGCUGACGCUGGAAUUAUUCAACACUGGUGAAAGUGAGAGCAGAAUGUAGCCCAGAGAAUGCACCAUGUCCAGGAUUCAGCAAGGUAUCAAAGCAUGCACUUGUCUUUAAUGGGACUAUUUACUGGCUAAAGCUAGGCCCUGGCUGAAGUACCUUGCUCAGUUGAGGACCAUAUUUCUGGUAAAGAAAGAAGAGAGGCUACUUCUCUGAUUCACAAUAUCAUUUGGGGACCUAACCACUUGCUUAUUUCCAGCACAGGGUGCAUUUUUUAUUUUAACAGGACAGGUUUCACUUACAGCUGUGUGCUGGGAAAAGAAUGUGGCAUAUAUUUGGUGCAAAACAACACAAUUCACUUAUGCCACCAAUCCAGCCCCAGUACAUAUGCUCCUGCUGCAAUGCUGGCUGUCAAAUUUCAAAACUGGUAUCUACACGAAGAGUAGAUGACGAUGAAACUUUAAUUUAAGAACCUGUGCAGAGCUCCUUUGCUGCAAAUAGUGUUUCCCUCCUGACUUUUCUUACUUUUUUUUGUAUGAAACUUGGCCCUGCCUUGUUCCACACUAACCAAAAAGAGAGGGAAAUGUUUGCAUUUUGUUUAACAUUGAUUGGGAGGAGGGGAGGUCACAUGAUCACUGAUGUGUCAAGUUUCAAACUAUUCAUUUUGAAUAAAAGACACUUUCAACCCCUUGA